UGCAAAGUGCCCCGCAAGAAGGACUUUGACUGAAUCGUGAGUGGAAUACAUUUGAAUCGAUUACCUUUGGGAAGUGAGUGUUGAAGAUUUGCGAAGGAUUUGACAUAAGUGGACAAUGACGAUGGACAUCAGACAGUCGAGGCUAAAUGUGAAAAUUAACGGACAUUGUGCGACAAGUGCUUGCGAUAGUGACGUGAGUGGAAUGGAAAUGGCUCAGACUAAGUUGGAUAAUUUCCGAGCCGGGAAGAACCCCGGAAAACGGUCAUUCGAUGUGGCAUUUCUAAUGAUGCCGGACGAGAAGUUGAAAACCAAACAAGUGAAGAAAGUACAUUCGCCGACAAUCGAUGUGGAAAGUGAUUCGACUCAGUCUACCCGGUCAGAAGAUUUAUCAGUGAAGAACGGAUUCAGUCCAAUUCGGCCAGUUGAGGAGCGGAAUUUCAACCUGGAUUUGCUCAGCCGACCUCGCCCGCAGGAAGGCAGCCCACAUUCUAUCCCGGAUCUAAGCAAUGACAGGCUUGCUUACAUGCUACCCAGUGCGAGAUUCUACGAAAAUCCUAGUCUUAUGGCGAUCCGAGAGAAAGCAGCAGGCAACUUCCUCGAUGCAGAUCUUCCUCGGAGUGCAUUCUCCAAAGUAACCAGCAUCACCGUAUCGGACUCUCCUAUACCUCCGCUGAGUCCCGACCAACACAGUUGUCCAUCAACCAGCCCGCCUAUUUCCAUCAGUCCCGGAGCUCCCGUAAAUUUCCGAUACGAUUACCCGUUCAUGAACGGGAGUCCUCAAACUCCGCCGGAUCUGACUCCACCACCUCCAACAAAAACCAAGCAACAAAUGAUGUACCGACCCCCGAUGCAAGAUCCAGAACUUCCCCAAACUUACUUCCCAUCGCCUCCUUUUAUGCCGUUUGGUCCAGGAGGACCCCCUGGACUUCUCCCCGAAGUAGACGGAAUCAUCCGUAAUCCGGCAGCGGCUGCCAUCCUAUCAACCCUGCUGCCGACGGCCAUGGGAGCGUUUUCCCUGUCAGCUCAGAAUACCUGCGCCAAGUGUAACAUCAGCUUCAGGAUGACCAGCGAUCUGGUUUAUCAUAUGCGAUCGCACCACAAGAACGAUCAUCAACAGGAUCCCCAGCGAAGGAAGCGCGAGGAAAAGCUGAAGUGCCCGGUGUGUAACGAGAGCUUCCGGGAGCGGCAUCAUCUGACGAGGCACAUGACGGCGCACCAGGACAAAGCUGGAGAUUUGCUGGACCCCAAGAAGAGGACCGCGGAGCAACGGGCCGCAGCAGGUCGGUCAUAAAACAGGUGCAAGCGUGGUAGGAUGUGUUAGAUAACUAGUUAGUAGCGACGUUGCGUAGGCUAAAAUGUGGUCUGAUGUUUUUAUGGGUAUGCAAGAGACUAUGAUAGGAAGAAGUACUGUGAUAAAUAGUUUGAUUUUGCGAAAGCUCAGUAUAUGAUCGCAGAAAAUGUUGAAAGGUAAUAUAUUUCGAUUCUAAUCAAAAAUGGGCAAAUCUUAGUAGUACCAAUUAAGG